UCUUAGCCAAACAUCAUCCAGAAGCUAGCAAGACCAGGGAAAUACUGUACCAGGCCUGCCAACGGCAUCAAUCAAGAUGGCCGCUCUCACCAGGCUAUACCCAUGGCUGCGACUGCCCGCCGUGGUCUCCGCCCCGAUGCUAGGUGCAGCCACUCCCAAGCUGGCCAUGAACGUUUCUACGGCUGGAGGGCUGGGAUUCAUCGCGGGCGGCACAAAAGUCGAAGCACUUCAUGACUCCCUAGACCAACUCGCACAGCUUUCGCGGACGAUAUCCUCUCAGACGAGAGCUUCGGAUGACGUUCUGCCUAUUGGUGUUGGCUUCCAGCUCUGGAGCUGCAAGCUGAGCCUAGCGACAGAGGCGUUCCAAAAGCAUGUGCCCGCUGUCGCCUGGCUGUACGCACCAACGAAGCAGAUAGAUCUGGCCGACUGGGCGAAGGGCAUCCGGGAAACGACCGGAGGAAAGACACAUAUCUGGAUUCAAGUAGGGAGUGUUGCCGAAGCCCGAUCAGCUGUUGAUCUUGCAAAGCCGGACGUACUCAUUGUGCAAGGUAGCGAUGCAGGAGGUCAUGGUCUGGCGCAAUCGGCUGGUAUCAUCUCGCUGGUACCCGAGGUGAUGGACAUGCUUGCAUCGAUAGGUCGCUCGGAUCUUCCAGUUCUCGCCGCGGGAGGCAUCUCGGAGGGUCGCGGAGUCGCGGGAGCUCUCGCACUUGGUGCUUCUGGAGUCGUCAUGGGCACUCGAUUCCUCGCUGCACAAGAAGCUGGAAUUCCGUCUGGUUGGCAGAACGAGGUCGUUCGCUUGAGUGAUGGUGGCCAGACAACGACACGAUCUACACUUUGCGAUAGACUGAAGGAGACCAAAGGCUGGCCCGCCUGCUAUGAUGGAAGAGCGGCUAUCAACAAAGGCCACCACGACGAGGAAGCGGGUAUGUCGGAUCAGGAGAAUGUUGCGCUUUACAAAAAAGAAGCGGCUCAGGGCGACUCGGCUUGGGGCGACCAUGGGAGAAUGGUAACGUACGCCGGGACUGGCGUAGGUCUGAUCCGAGGUGUCAAAUCUGCGGCCGCUAUUGUAGAGGAGGUGCAAACGCAAGCAAAGGCAUGCUUGGGGCACUCGGCAUUGUCGUCAAGACUGUGA